AUGGAUUCCAGCGGCGAUAAACCCAGCUCUGUGAAGGACGCUUUCUCCAAGGUGCAGACUGCACCACCCGCCCAGGAACGGGUUGACCUCUUUCGCAGGUUGAUACAAGAUCUGGUCGAGGAUCCAGUCGCGAACCCAAAUAUCCCAAAUGCCCUCUUUGAGAAGAACUGGGCAGAAGAUAGCGAAGUGCUUGAUGAAGAUUUCAUUCGGCAGAUCAUCCAGAGCUUUAAAACGACUCGUGAAGAUCUAUGGACGCACCCUGCUCGGAACAUGGUGCACGAAAUUGCUCACCUCUUUGACUUCGGCUGCAGCAGAGCAACCCGUGAGGGUUUCCAGAAUAUGGAGAAAGCAAAUCAGGUUCAACUUCCUCUCCCCCAAGACAUCGAAGGUGGCCGAGAACCUUGGGAACAGAGGUUCAAGAACAAGCUGGAGAAACUGUUCCACCUACGCACUGAUCUGCCACCAGAGACAGUUAAUAUAGGCCUCUUUGAGGAUCCCCAGCGCUCAACUCCAGUUCUGACUUAUGAGGGCGCUGAGUUCUGUAACUGGGGACGAACCGUCGAGAACCAGCCAGUCUACACAUGCGUCCCGAAGACAAAUUACGGAAUACAGCAAAUCGUUCUAUAUGCGACAAAUAACAACCUGGGAGUUCGCGUGUCUGGCUAUCCACAACUUCCCAAUGUGGAAUCCCUUGAUCCUCUCUGUCCCAUUCUGUUUGGGGACAAGCCUACAUUGCUCAAUUCGAUCACGGAACUAGGCCCUUUGAAAGAAGAUUCGACCAAGUCACUAGUCCGGGUGGGCUGCGCGACAACCAACGAGCAGUUUCGAUACUGGUGUGUAAAGACAAAGCGAGUAACGUUACCCCUUAAUGUGAUUAUGGUAGAGAUUACCUUUGGUGGUAGCAAUGGUCCGAUCUGCCACGGAGCCGGGAUCAGACAUAAGACACUGAGUGACCUCGUCUAUGCCAUCGAGUAUGUGGAUGUGCAUGGUAAGUUGCAGGUCAUCACCCGAGCCGAUGACGACUUUCUCUCUGCAGCCAGCGGUUGCUUUGGGUUGAUCGGGGUCGUCACCCAUAUCACCCUCGUAGUCGACAAGAUGACAUACGCGGCCAUGACACCUCAGAAGCAGGCAGCGAUCGAUGCCAUACCGCCUCCAGACAGCCUUCGGUCGCGCGUCCCUGCACCGCUCAAGCAGCCUCGUACGCCCGAGCAGAUCCGGCGUGCCCAAGAGGAAUUCGAGAAGAAGGCUGUCGAGGAGUACUACGCAGAAUGGUUCUGGUUCCCCUAUUCUGACGAAGUUUGGAUCAAUACAUGGUCCACUACUCCAGUCUCUCUAGGUGUGCAGGACUAUCCGGAUAAUGAAGAAAUUGCAGUGCAAUGGCUUCAGGCUGUUGCUAUUGAGGCUCUACAAUACCUCGCCAAAGACACAAAUACUGCGGAAAUACUGCCCCUGUUAAGGACUACUGCAGUUUCGAGACUAGGCAUGGCUUCCCUGCCUGCCGGCAAAGAAAUCAAAGCUUGGCUCCCAGAUGCGCUUCAUUUCAGAAGAGCGAUUCAAAACACGCGUGUCCGGGAUAUGGAACUUGAGAUACCCCUCCCUCAUCAAUCCGAUAACCUGGAUAAACCCGACUUCACCAUUGUCCAACACGCCUGGUGGGAAGCAAUCAUCAAGGCGUACGAACACACAGACAAGUGCCCAAUGCGCUUGCCUCUCGAGUUGCGAAUCAUGGGCGACAGUAAUGUGCUGAUGGCGCCUCAGCGCGGCAAUCGUCUCGGAACAGCCUCGAUUGAGGUCUUGACGCUAGAAUCGGUAACCGAGUAUUGGGAUGCAUUUGCGCAAGAGGUCCUCGACAAAUGGAUGGAGCUGAGAGAAUGGAAGGGGCAAAAGCUCAACAUCCGGCCCCAUUGGGCUAAAGAAUGGCAACAAUUAAAAGUGGAUGGCAAGCCCUUCCGGGAUUAUCUCAAGAAAGAGUGCUACGGCGAUGUAAUCCCCAAAUUUAAUAAUGUGCUUACACAGAUUGGUCAGGCGCAAGGUUGGCAAAGGCAGGAUCUGAAGAGAGUGUUCUCAAAUGCCCUCACGAGGUCUAACGGUAUGGAGACAUCAGCCAGAUCAGAGGCCAUCCUCCAGACUUUACCACCAACAGACCUCACUAGAGACAGAGAUCAAAGUGAAGGUGAGGCAUUCGGCCCAUCCUCCGCAUCACGCUCAGUGGAAGCAAUUCCCGAUGGUGGCUACGGAUGGAUAGUGGUUUUUGCAUGUUUUGUCCAGACAUUCAGGGUCAAUGCUUGGUCUGGGUCAUGGGGAAUACUUCAGGCUGGCCUGAUACAGACCAAGAUGACAGAUACACCAGCCAGCACAUUGUCCUUUGCCGGCUCCCUUGGAACUGCCCUGACAGUUGCCUUAGGCCUGGUCUGUAUUCGACUCGCGCAACUGAUCGGAGCCCAAUGGAGCACCUUGACUGGGAUCCUGCUGCUUACAAUCAGUAACAUAAUUGGCGGUUUGGCCGUCAACAAUGUCAGCGGAAUGUUUGUGUCUGGGGCCCUGUACGGUUUUAGUGGAGCUCUGAUGUACACAAUGUCAAAUAGCCUGCCGGUGCAAUGGUUCAGCAACCGUCUGGGAACUGCAAAUGGCCUGGUGAAGCUUAGCAGGGGCCUGGGGGCCACAGUUAUGGCUAUUGUGCUUCAGGCUCUCAUCGAAAGAGUCGGCGUCGCCUGGACAUUCCAUGCAAUGGCACUGAUGUCGCUGGCAAGUGGCGUGCCGGCUGCGCUGCUCAUAUCAAAGAGCGAGCAACAGCGUUGGUGUCAACUGUCUUCGUCCUUGCGGCGCGGCUGA